GGAACAGGCCCAAGGACACACAAGGAAAAACUCUGCCAAUACCACAAUCUAUUGUGGUGGUGUACAGCCACUUAAAACAGCUGCUGGAGGACAGCAGAGCAGUUCUAGGACAGACUAACCUGGUUAUGGUCCCAAUAAACACCACUACUGUCUCCUCGUGGCUACUAAGAAGACAGAAAUGUGUGGACAUAGACAUGCUGCUGCAGGGUACUGAACUGCCCAAACAAUUAUAUUUGGCAAAAGAGUCACUUCCUGAAGUGCGCACACUUCCAGCUGUACCUGCACAGCAUGGGCAUGAGGCCAUGUUAUUUGAGGAGCCAGCAAAUCAGGAGGGAGAGGCCUUUAUUCGUAAGCGUGUCUCCAAUAGGUGCCCACUGCCCACCCUUCCUCCUGAAUCUUACACAGCAUGUCCCAUAUACCCACCACACUUUGCAUUCCCCCCUGGGUACUACCCACCCUUUCCCAGCUACCCACCAGAUCUUCCAGUGCCUCAUUCUACCCAAUUUAUGCCAAAUCCCCAAUUCCAUCCCCCGCCCCAAUUCCAGACCCCUCCCCAAUUCCAGACCCCUUCCCAGUUCCGGCCACUUCCCCAGUUCCAGGCGCCUGAUAACCUGCCACCACAAACUUGUCUCUCUACUCAACCCAGGCAGCGAACAUGGGGAAGGCAGAAAGCUGCCCAAGAGGAUGAGGAGCGAGUGGCUAGGGGUGAACCACCACGGAAACGACUUGCAAAGGAUAUUUAUCACUAUAUCUGCAAGCAGUGUGGGCUGGCAAAAAAUAAGACAACUGGCCACACUCAGUUGAAGGGCCGGUGGUAUUGUCCAGUCUCAGGCCUCUCGAUUGCACAGUGGAGGGAGAAUGUACAAGCUCUUUGAUUUUUUUUUCGUUUUAUAUAUUGCAGUUAUGUAUAUUGUGCUAUGUGUGUUGUGCUGUGAACAUUUUGUUUUUACUUGCCGUGUUAAUUUGUUAAUUUGCAGUGUUUGUAAAAAAGAAAGACAUAACUCUUGUGGUGUAAUAGUAACACAUCCAUCCUUUGGGUGGAAGAAUCCAGGUGCAAGUCCUGGCAAUAGUGUGUGGUGUGUUUGUCAGAUCAGUAUUUUUUAUUUUAAGUUUUUAUUAUAAAUUGUAUAGUCAAAAAUCAAUCAAACCCUUUACUUAAAUCCUUUGUGAGCAUUCAAGAACUAUAAUAUAGUCAUUUUGUUUCUGUCUUUCUU